CCUCCCUUCAUUCUGCCCUCAAACCCGAUCGUCACAUUCACAAACUUCACUCGUAUUGUAUCUGUAUACGUACGUACAUACGGUCUGUACUGAUCGCUUGAAAAUGGCGGUUCGUGUGUUUCACGUCCUCGCAUCACUCGCGCUCAUGAUGGUUGUGAGCCGUGCUGCGUUACCACCAGAGCGUUAUUGGAACGCGGUUUUGCCAAACACUCGGAUGCCUAAGUCUCUCGUGGAUCUUUUGAAGUCCGAUUUCAUGGACGACGACGACAAGAGCACCAGCGUUACCGUCGGAAAGGGCGGCGUCAACGUAGACGCCGGAAAACCCCGCGGAGGAGGAUCCCAUGUGGAUGUCGGAAAGGGUGGGGUCCACGUUGAUACCGGAAAACCUGGAGGCGGCGGGACACACGUCAGCGUCGGAGGCGGUGGACAUUACAGCGGCGGAGGCGGCGUGGGAGUCCACACCGGAAAACCAGGUAAGAGAACCGACGUCGGAGUCGGCAAAGGAGGAGUGACCGUACACACGCGCCACAAGGGCAAACCGGUUUACGUCGGGGUCAAACCGGGUCCGAACCCGUUCGUCUACAACUACGCAGCCAAAGAGAGCCAGCUUCACGACGAUCCCAACGUGGCUAUGUUCUUCUUGGAGAAGGACCUGAGGCCCGGACAAGACAUGACCGUAAGGUUCGGUCGUACGGACGACGGUUACGGCGGGGGGGCGGUGUUCUUGCCACGUGGAGUGUCUGAAACGGUGCCCUUUGGAUCAGAGAGGUUCUCGGAGGUCUUGAACCGGUUCGGUGUCGAGCCCGGUUCAGAUGAAGCAAAGAUGAUGAAGAAGACGGUCGAGGAGUGUGAAGGGAGAGGGAUUAGCGGAGAGGAGAAGUACUGCGCCACGUCGUUGGAGUCUAUGGUGGAUUUUUGUGUCUCCAAGCUCGGGAAAGAUCGUGUCCGAGCUAUUUCUACUGAGGUCGAGAAAGAGAACAGACCGAUGCAGAAGUACGCGAUCUCGGCAGGAGGGGCAAAGAAAGUGUCGGAGAGCGACAACUUGGUAGUGUGUCACAAGCAGAAGUUUCCAUUCACAGUGUACUACUGCCACAAGACACGGGCCACGAGUGCAUACGUGGUUCCACUCGAGGGGGCGGACGGGACGAGAGUGAAGGCGGUGGUCGUAUGCCAUAAGGACACGUCGGCUUGGAACCCUAACCACUUGGCUUUCAAAGUCCUCCACGUCGAGCCGGGGACUGUCCCUAUCUGCCACUUCCUCCCUCAGGACAACGUCGUGUGGUUCAAGAACUAGACAGCCUGAAUCUUCGGGUCGGGCGGUCCAAUGUGACAAAAUCCGGUUUGUUAUGGUUUAUGUAAUAAUGUUAUGAGAAACAUUGGGUGCGUUUUGGUUAUGUAAUAUAUAUAUAUAUAUAUAUAUAUAUAUAUAUAUAUAUAUAUAUUUUUAAUAGAUACAUGUGGUUUUUGUAUGAUCAAGAAUGAUAUAUGCGUCUAUUGGUGAUUUAAUGUUUGCUUUGGUU